AUGGUAUAUAACUCAACCGCCAAAUUUCUUCUGCCAUCCAACGAUGUUACGCGCGAAAACUCUCUAACCAAUUUAUCCAACAUGGAGUCCAUGGCCUCCGUCCAUGCUACCGCCCUCGAAAUUUGCUAUACGAUAUAUGGAGAACUCACCUUGUCUUCGGAUGUUAUCGAUCGAUUUUACGAGUCAAGCGCCAGUGAGUCGUGUUCUCUAUCAUACGAAAACCCUGUACUCACGGCAACAUCACGUUCCGUUAUUUUUGACAUCUUUAAAUUAGGCAGGCGACUACAUGCUGUUGACAUUCCCCAGCCACUUGCAGUAUUCUAUACGCUUCUUCGCCUGAAACCGCCAGAAGACACCAGUAACCCCUUGUUGAAAGCCCUGCGCGUGUGGAACGAGGUCGGAGAUAUCAGCGAACACGAGAGCUUCGAUGGACAUAGAAAGGCUGUGAUAGAGCAUACCCUCAACAUCCUUGUUCUUCCAAGCAUCCACAUCGAUUCAUACAAACGUGCCCCAUUUCAUCGCUCUGCCCUGUCCACCGAUUCGCUCGUACGUUCGUCAUACAAUUACCACCCUGCUUCUCCAUCAUUGCCUAUUCCCGGAACAUCAUUGUCUCUUCCCUCACCUUUCCACUUUAAACUUCAUGUCAUAACGCGGCUCUCGUUCAACGAACAAGGUCACAUCACCAACCAUCGAGAUUACUGGGAUGUGAAGGAUUUGAUGGGUCUGUUACCAGGAGUAUCUUUUGCGCACUGGAUUCUUAGCCGACUGGCUGCGAAGGGUCUCUCGUACAAUUCCAGGUUCUUGACAAGGAUAUCGGACCAUCCUCAUCUCCACGACUCAGAACAUCCCACGAAUCAUGACGGUGCUGCUGCCGAAAACCGCGAUCUAGUGAACGGUCCAAUGGCCUAUGUCAAGUCUGCCAAGCAGACGUAUGGUCAUUGA